CGGCGAGGACAACGAGUGGCUCCAGACUUUCUCAGAACGCAUCCUACGGGAGAGGAGGAAGAAGGGCCUAAUCCCGGGAACAGCUACGACAGCCGGCGGAUCACUACCCCGGAUCUGCCACGUUUUGCUCGGUUAUUUGGAGCGGAGGAGGAGGAGCAGCUCUCUGGUAUGGGGGAGCGGUGACGGGAAGGGCUCUGCCGCCUAAAUCCUGCAUCAUGUCUGAAGGCCUGUACGAGAAGUUCCUGGCCCCGGACGAGCCCUUCCCCCUUCUCUCACAGCGGGGCAGCAUCAGUGAAGAGGGCUGCCUGGACGUCAGUGACUUCGGCUGCCAGCUGUCCUCUUGUCACCGCACAGACCCACUGCACCGGUUCCACUCCAACAGGUGGAAUCUGACGUCCUGUGGAACCAGUGUGGCAAGCUCUGAAUGCAGUGAAGAAUUAUUUUCUUCUGUCUCUGUCGGAGACCAGGAUGACUGCUAUUCCCUCCUGGAUGACCAGGACUUCACCUCCUUUGACCUCUUCCCAGAAGGAAGUGUGUGCAGUGAUGUCUCCUCAUCCAUCAGUACUUACUGGGAUUGGUCUGACAGCGAGUUUGAGUGGCAGUUGCCUGGGAGUGAUAUUGCAAGCGGCAGCGAUGUGUUAUCAGAUAUUAUUCCCAGCGUCCCUAGCUCUCCUUGCCUGCCUUCCAAGAAAAAGAACAAACACAGGAAUCUGGACGAGCUCCCUUGGAGCGCUAUGACAAAUGAUGAGCAGGUGGAAUACAUAGAAUACCUUAGUCGGAAGGUCAGCACAGAGAUGGGACUUCGGGAACAGCUUGACAUAAUAAAAAUCAUCGAUCCUUCAGCGCAGAUCUCUCCUACGGACAGUGAAUUUAUCAUUGAACUGAACUGCCUUACUGAUGAAAAGCUUAAACAGGUCAGGAGCUAUAUCAAGGAGCAUAGUCCACGGCAGCGAUCCACACGGGAGAGCUGGAAAAGGAGCAGUUAUAGUACAGCAAGUACAAGUGGUGUGAGCGGAGCCAGUGUGAGCAGUAGCAGUGCCAGUAUGGUGAGCACGGCAAGCAGCAGUGGCUCUAGUGCGGGCAACUCUGCCUCCAACUCAAGCGCAAACAUGAGCCGAACUCAUAGCGACAGCAAUCUGUCUGCAAGUGCGGCAGAAAGGAUUAGGGAUUCUAAAAAAAGGUCAAAGCAAAGGAAACUGCAGCAGAAAGCCUUGAGAAAAAGACAGCUGAAGGAACAAAGGCAGGCGCGAAAGGAAAGACUCAGUGGCUUAUUUCUAAAUGAAGAAGUCCUGUCUUUAAAAGUAAACGAAGAGGAGCAUGAAGCCGAUGUCGAUGUAUUGAUGUGACGAGGGUGAAACUUGCAGUGUUCUUCAUAAGUCUCAAUAAGGCUGUUAUCUAGGAUCAUCUAAGAUCAUAGAUAUCCUGCCCUCUCUUGUAGUUUCACUAACCACUAUGAGGUUUCCAUAAUAUAACCACAGACAAUAGAGUGGCUUUGCCAAAACGUUACAUUUUGGCCCACUAGUCUCUAGUGCAAUAUUUGGAUAUUCAACUCCAUCAGAAGGAAUAUGGAGUGAGGUCUUCAGCUACCACAGAAAGGACAAUGUUCUUCUAAGCUGUCAGUAAGACGUACUGAGGUUUUGUGGUAGUUGAUAGAGAACCAGACAGGCAUAUAAUCAUUUACCUGUGUAACUUAUUAGGCUUUCUAAACAUUUGCACAAUAUUCCUGAUGAUAGUCUGAUAUACGAAGCCUUUCCCCCACCGGAAUACUUGAGUAACUGUUCUGUGAAUGUGUCAUCCACAUGAAAUGUUGCAGCCUUUGCUAGGAAGUAGCCCACAUACAAACUACAGUACAUACAGUCUUAAAGGAGUAGUCCAGUGGUGACUCAGUGGUG